CGUACGAAAACGGUCCACUUUGUACGUCACGGUCAAGGAUUUCACAAUCUCAUGGCCGAUCUGGCCCACGCACAAGGCAAGGAGUGGGAACAAUUCAAAGACACACCGGAGAAUCCUUAUCUAAUACCCGAGAUUCUCGACGCACCUUUGACUGAGAAAGGCCGGCAACAAGCGUACGUGCUACAAGCACAAAUAAACGGCAUGGAGCUUGGACAAAAACCUCAAUUGGUGGUGUUUUCCCCCAAUUGUCGUGCUCUGCAGACGGGCGUCAUUGUGUUUGAAAGCUUGGUCGGGAAGGUCCCGUUCGUCGCGCAUGAAAUGGCUCGCGAAGAAAGCGGUAUACACGUUUGCGACAAACGUCGUCCCGUGUCACGCCAACGAACCGAAUUUCCUCAGGUCAAUUUUGGUCUACUCGAGGCAGACGAUGAUCCGCUGUUCCAGGACGACGUUCGCGAAACCAGACAACAAGUCGCGGAUCGCGUUUACCAGUUCUUUGAAUGGCUAGCGACGCAAGAUGAGCAGAUUGUGGCCGUCAGUAGUCACUCUGGCUGGUUACUAACGGUGUUCAAUGCAAUGCUGCGGUGUGACGAAUCGCUUCGG